AUGAAAGACAGUGAAUAUGGAAGUGCAAAAGCCGAUGUCGACAUCCGCAAGCGUGCAGGUGAACUUAGUGAAGAUGAAAUAGAAAAGAUAGUUACGGUAAUGACUAAUCCUCGACAGUACAAAAUACCGAACUGGUUUCUUAACAGGCAGAAAGACAUCGAGGACGGCAAACACUCACAGCUCCUAGCUCAAGCCCUUGAUAGCAAGCUUCGCGAGGAUUUAGAGCGUCUAAAAAAAAUCCGUGCUCACCGUGGUCUCCGUCAUUACUGGGGCCUUCGUGUUCGUGGUCAACACACCAAAACUACUGGCCGCCGUGGUCGCACUGUUGGUGUCUCUAAAAAGAAGUGA